GGAGGGCCCCAGUGAAGGCAACCAACCUCCCAGAGGCCCCCUGCCACCGCUGGAGCCCUCCUGGAGGCCCCCAGCAAAGGCAUCGGGCCUCCCAGAGGCCCCCUGCCGCCGCCAGAGCCCUCCUGGACGGUGCCAGCAACGGCAUCGGGCCCCCUAGACCUUUUCUGUGGUCGUGCGAGACUUUGCCUCUAGACCGUCGCCAUUUUCCCCCACGAAAUGGUGGCAAAGUCUCGCGCGACCUUGGGGAAGGUCACACGAGACCUCGCUGCCAUUUUGAGGGGGGAAAUGGCAGCACCCAGAGCGGCAAAAAGCCACAAUCGGUGGCGGCAGCGGCAGCAGCAGCCAGGAGCCGUCCGAAAGGCCUCCACGGGCCGCAUCCGGCCCGUGGGCCGGAGGUUGCCGACCCCUGCCUAAUACAGUAUAUGAGCAUUAAAAACAUAAUGAUAAGGCUAAAAGUCCAGGACUGUCUGGAGAAGCCAUUCAUUGCCAAGGCCCUGUGUCCAUUUUUGUGCUAGAGGAAGGAGGGGAAUCCCUACUUGGUCCCACAUCAUUCAGAGCAGUGGCCUUGGGCCAGUCACACUCUCUCAGCCUAGUCUGCCUUGCCAAGCCAUGGUUUGGAUAAGAGUGAGGGGACCUCAGCCCUGAAGGCCAACUGAACCUGACCCACUUGGAGGAGAGGUGUAGUGUAAGAAGGGCAAGGUGAGCAGUCAUUGCUGGAAGAUGCAGCAGGCACUGCGCAUCCCAGGUUUUGGGGUGGUCUGCUUGAUUUGCUUCAUUUCUUUUGUUAUGUCUUUUUAUCCUUCCAGGUGGUGAGCAAGCACAUUGCGGGGGGGGGGGGGGGGAAUAAUAAAACUGUUAAAAUCAUCCUGCUAAGUAAACAUCAUAGCAACUUAAAAACAUAAAUAAAAAACAAACUAAACAACAUAACUAUUAUCAUCACAGUAAACACAACAAUUAAAACCAUCACAUUAAUGAAGUAAAAAAAUAAAGCUGUUCAGAUGGAGAGUUUGAAGGCAGGUGUCUGCAAGCAGCGAGAGUGAAAUGGAUCGUAACCCUUGAGUGACUCGCAACCCACCCUCAUAGGAUCAUAGAGACCCAGAAUCCUAGAGAUGGAAGGGUCUCCCAGAGGUCAUCAGGUUCAGCCCCCUGCGCAAUGCAGGAACUCCAGCUAGAGCAUGGCCUUUCUCCCCACCUAUCCAGACAUAAGGAUUUGGCGUCCCAGCAGGAAGCAGCAGGAGAGCCUUGCUGGAUGCUGGUCCCUUAUGGGAAGACCAGACGCUGCAGUGAGAAGCCCACUGGGUACCAGAGCAUCCUCCUGCCCACAUCUCCAGAAUAGCAGCUGGCCUUGAGAGGCGCCCUGCCUCUUUGACUGGAGCCUAUUGUGACUAGUAGCCACAAAGAUCUUUUUUACCCACGAAUUUGUCCAGCCCUUUUAAAGUCUGUCCAGCUUUUAUGGCCAUUUUGGCAUCUGCUUUUGUGAAUUUUGCCCCAUAACUCUGCACUGCAUGGACUCCUCUAUCACACUCUUUACCUUCAGUAGAUGGUCCUAGUACUAGAACCACCCAGGUUCUAGUAUUAGGACUAUUAGAACUGAGGGGGAAGAAGAUCUGCCUUGAACCUUGGUUCAUAACUGCAGCGUAGGCCAUUUUUUCUCUGUGAGUAGCCACCAGAUGCUUUUGUGUCCAGUGGAAGUAAGAUUGGCUGUUGGUGACUAGUAGAGGCAAGUGCCCUCUCAUGUUUGGCUGUGGUGGCCCAGGGAGAGUCCCCUCCAGGUUGCAAGUGACCCUCUGAGUGGGCAUGUGUGGGAUAUGGGGUGUGCAGAGCUUUAGGGUCUCUCCCAGGGGAGGGUGCAAAGGCCCAUUGCGGUUCUGUUGGCAUAUUUGCCCCUUGGAACUCGCCUGUGCCGCCCUGCCCACACUAAGGCUGCCCCAAGGCGGAGUCUGCAGAGGCAAAUCCAUUCUUCUCCGACCCCACCGCACACACACACAUGCAUGGAUGCACACAUGUGCGGCUGCCGUCAUCCACUCCUCCUCCCCACCUGCAGUAGGCUUUUCUUGCAGUGGGCAGCAUGGAAAUAAAUCUCUCCUGGUAUGGAGCAAGAGGUAUAAAUAUCCCCAGAGUGAUGUGAUCUUUCCAGCUGCUAUUAAUAGGUCCCCAGAGACCCAGCCAGGCAGUGCGACAGGCUGGCACUUAAAGGGACAGGGGGUCCCUCCCUCCUCCCCCCCCAAACUGCUGCUGUGCAAAGAAAAUUAAUCGCCUUCAGGGGGAAAGGGCUCAUGGCUCCCUGGUUAGAGGUUGAGGCAGCAGCCCAAGCCAUGGCGGGCUGGCUGGGCAACUGGCCCUUCAUCGGCGGUGACAGCCCCGGUCCCAGUCCCAUUUGCCAGCCCUCUCAGGGUUAGCUGGCUGGUUUGUUGGGCCCAGCUAGUUCAGGAGGGAUGUCUGACUAGAGUUGAGGGGCUAUGGGACCUCUGACCCAACCAGGCCCCUGCUUCUCCCCAAAGAGGUGAGAAGUGUGUCCUGAGGAAACCUUUCCCCAUAAGAAGGAGGGCAGGCCAGCAGGCAGGCAGGAUCCCUCCCUCCCUCCCUCUUCUGCUGGAGAUUGGAGCCUGGCUGGGAAGGAGGGGAGGUCAGUCUGUGUGACAACCAUGGAAGGAAGGGGACGGCCAAGCAUCUCCCUCCCAGGAGCUCUUGCUGACUUUUAAAUGUCAGAAAAGGGGUGGGGGUGUGCCAACCCCAUAGAGUGGGAAGGUGGUUGGAGUUGUUGAUGUCAUGUGGUUGUUGUCUUCUCCUUCCCCAGAGGAGGCUGCAUUCCAGCGCCAUUGCUUUGGUGGGCAGUGUGGCAUUUUCUCAUUCCCCAAAUCCCCCCCCCCCGACUGCAGCCCCAGGUGACCCUUUGGGAAGAAGAAAGGUCCACUAGCCACGUGGGAGCCGUGGGCAAGGAGUUGGGCAUCAUGGCAGUUGGGUUGGAUGUGUAAGUUGGCCCCAGAAAAGUAUCCACAUUGCACAGCCAGAGCACUUUGAUUCCACAUCCAACUGUGGAUAUGGCUCCUGUGGAAUCUUGUGAUAUUUAAGAGCUUCGAAAGAGCUACUUUGAAUUCUGUAGAGCCAACAUGAGUGAGCUCUAUGGCAGAAAUCCCAGGAUUCCAUAGCAAGUGGUAUCAAACUAUUAUAACUGCAAGGUCAGCUUCUGGGCAGGAGGAAGUUGACCUCCAGCCUCCCGCAUCCUUCCAGCCCUGCUCUGACCAGUCUCCUUUUUCUCCUCCUUUCCUCCGCCCUGCCCUGCCUCAUGGCUUACUCUGCCCCACAGGUGCCUUGCCCACAGGAGAGAGCAGCCGCUGCCUCUGCCUCUGCCGCAGGGACUUGGAGUUGCCUCCAGAGUCGCUGCCCGAAGCCUUUGCCAGUCCAAUGCACCCUGACAAUAAAGUGACCAACCAUGGAAAGACAGGAGAAGUGGCCCCUCGGAGUAAGCGGCGCUGCGUGCUGGAGCGGAAGCAGCCCUACAGCGGUGACGAGUGGUGUUCUGGACCGGACAGUGAGGAGGACGAGAAGCCCCGCGGUGGCAGCGCCCACAACUGUAACGUAGCAGAGUCGGCAAUGAGCUCCAGCUCCCAGCUGGGCCCAGGAUCCAACACACUGCCAGCCCUGAGCGAGAACAAUGCCUCCGGCACGCCACACAACACAAUCCCGGGCCUGCGGUCAGAUGCCGGCAAUGGCGGAGGGAAGCAGGCGCUUCAGUUUGUCUAUGUUUUCACCACCAACCUUGCUAACACGGCUGCAGAGGCCGUACUCCAGGGCCGGGCAGACUCCAUCCUGGGCUACCACCAACAGCAUGUGCCCCGGGCAAAGCUGGACCAGGCCCCCCUCCCAAAGGUGCAGGUUGCCCCAGAGCCGUUGUCCAUCAAUCCGUCUCCUGCUGGCACCCCACACGCUCCACCCGCCAUGCCGCCCAGCAGCCAAGCCCAGGGACCUCCACCUGCUCCGGGGACCCCUUCCCAGGCCACAGCGCCCCCACCCCUCCAGGGACUGGGCCAGGGGCCCCUCUCAGCUCCUGGCAGUCUCCCCCAGGAGGGUCCCCCCGAAGACGCCCGCCGGGACCUGACGCCCAAUUCUGUGGGGAACGGCUGCAGCGGCGGCACAGCCCCUGGGGGCACUCACCCCAACACGCCCACCGCGCCCAGCUCUUUGCCUUCUGGCGGGGCCGACGGCCUGCUUGGGGAAGGUCCCAACCCAGGGGCCCCCUCCACAGGGAAUGGACCCCGCAGCAGCCUCAACACAGAGGGUCUCUCCAAGGAGCAGCUGGAGCACCGGGAGCGGUCACUGCAGACCCUGAGGGACAUUGAGCGCUUGCUCUUGCGCAGCAGCGGUGGUGGCGGCGAAGGGGAGCCCUUCCUCAAGGGGGAGCCAGGGGGUGGCGAUGGGGGGGCCCUUCCCUCCCAGGGAGGGCCUCCCUUGCAGCCCCCUCAGGCCCCCCCACCCCCGCCCCUACCCCCUGGGACGGGCCUGAAAAAGUAUGAGGAGCCGCUGCAGUCCAUGAUCUCACAGACCCAGAGCCUGGGGGGGGGCGGCCUGGAGCCAGAGGGGCCGGUGCCCCCUGGAAUGGACAUGGGACAGCAGAUGAACAUUAUGAUGCAGCGACUUGGCCAGGACAGCCUGACUCCUGAACAGGUGGCCUGGCGCAAGCUGCAGGAGGAGUACUAUGAAGAGAAGCGCCGGAAGGAGGAGCAGGUGGGCAUGCAUGGAGGGCGGCCCCUCCAGGACAUGAUGCUGCCCCAGCCCAUGGGAGGCAUGAUGCUCCGAGGGCCCCCACCACCCUACCACAGCAAGCCUGGUGAGCAGUGGCUCCUGCGUGGAGUCCCCGUUGAGAUGCAGGAGCAGCUCCAGUUGCGGCCUUCCUUCGUCGGACCCCGGUUCACUGGCAGCCAGAUGCAGAGGGGGUUUGGGGGAAUGCAGAAUCUGCCCCUGGAGUCACUAGGCCCCAUGGGCCCCAUGCAGCGACCAGUGAGACCCGGCAUGGCCUGGAGUGAGGAGAUGCCGCCUAUGGCGGGGCCGGGCAACUUUGGCCCUGGGAACUUGACAUACCCACCGCCAGGGCAGGGCGAGGCAGAGCGCUUCCUGACGCCACGUGCCAGGGAGGAGAUGCUGCGGCACCAACUGUUGGAGAAGCGCCCGGGAGGGAUGCAGCGGCCCCUGGGCAUGGAGAUGGAGCGCAUGAUGCAAACGCACCGGCAGGUAGAGCCGGCCCUGUUUGCUGGGGAGGGUCUAGCCAUGGAGUUUGGGGGGUCGCGGACCAUGCUGAGCCCACCCCUGCGGGAGAUGGAGCCGGGCUUGGGGGCCCCAGGCAACCUCAACAUGAAUAUGAACGUCAACAUGAACAUGAACAUGAACUUAAACGUGCAGAUGACGCCGCAGCAGCAACAGCAGCUCCUGAUGUCUCAGAAGAUGCGCGGGCCGGAGAUUAUGCCCUCCGAGGAGAUGGCUCGGGUGCGUGCCCCAAAUGGCACCGGAGCCAUGAUGGGGACCCCUCAGAAAAUGAUGAUGGGCUCUCCAUUCCCCGGGCAAGGGGGGCAGCCCCAGCCACCACCACCUCAGCCACCUCAAGGCUUCCCUGGCAUGCAAGGCCCCUACCCUGCCAUGCCACAGGAGAUGGGUGGCACGCAGGAUAUGUUCGGCCCGGAGCCUGGCAGCAUGGGAAGCACCACACGGCUGAGCCACAUUCCCCUGCCCCCCACCACCAGUGCCCCGUCCACAAACAUGCACUCGGCCCCUGUGAGGGGUCUGGGCCGCCGUCCUUCCGACCUGGCCCUCAACGUGGGACAAAUGAACUCCCCCGGUAUGGGCCGCCUCAAGUCGCCCACCCUCAGCCAGGUCCACUCCCCACUGCGCACGUCCCCUUCCGCCAGCCUCAAGUCCCCACAGACGCCUUCUGCUAUGGUCAACCUGCCAGCCGCCAGCACCGCCAGUGCCCCCCUGAAGUCUCCCCAGGUCCUCAGCUCUGUGCUCAACGUCCGCUCCCCGACCAGCUCUCCGAGCCACCUCAAGUCCCCGUCCAUGGCAGUCUCAUCUCCAGGGUGGGCACCAUCGCCCAAAAAUGCCCUUUCCAGCCCUGGCAUCGGGCAGAGCAAGCCAACUCUUGGGAUGAGUAGCUCGGUACCCUUGGGAAGCAUUGAGCAAGGUUCGGUGCCUCCUGGGUCCAGGAGCAGCUCCUCUGCCCCGCCAAGCAACGCCUCUGGUCCCCUCAACCCCAACCUGCCUUUUCCUUCUUCUCCAGAUCCACCCCCCUCCCAGAAUCCCCUGUCACUUAUGAUGUCUCAGAUGUCCAAGUACGCCAUGCCCAGUUCCACCCCACUCUACCACAAUGCCAUCAAGACCAUCGCCACCUCAGAUGACGAACUGCUCCCUGAUCGGCCCAUGCUUCCACCUGGUGCCAUGGCUGGCAUGAACUCUGUGGGGCCACCCCCUGCCCAGAGCCCCAUGGGCAUGAACCUCCCAGGACAGCAGCCACUCUCUCACGAGCCCCCGGCGCCCACCAUGUCCUCGCCAAGCCCGCUGGGUGCCAACAUGCCCAUGCACAGCAACGCACCGCCCCAGAACCCCUUGAUGCUCCCCUCGGGGCCCCAGGAGCCCCUUGGCCAGCAAUGUGGCCCUUCUGGCCAGAUGGUUUUCCCACCACGCCUCCAGCAACCUCCCAGCAACGGUGGCAACGGCAUGCCCAUGGCCCCUGGGGGAGGAGGAAGCGGGCCAGGGUUGCAGCAGCACUAUCUGCCUGGCUUGGGGUUGCCCCCUGAAGAGCUGCCUCCUCAGCAGCCAGGACAGAUGCCUCCUCAGCAGCAGCAACAACAGCAGCAGCAGCAGCGCAUGGCUGCGAGGCUGGCCGAGUCCUACCCCGCUGUGCUUCCUGGCGUGGCCUCAGUGCUCAGUGACCCAGAGCUGAGCGACGUGAUCCGCCCCACACCAACUGGCAUCCCUGAGUUCGACCUCUCGCGCAUCAUCCCUUCGGAGAAGCCCAGCAGCACCCUGCAGUACUUCCCCAAGGGAGAGGGCCAGGGGGUCUCCAAGGCACAGCCCCCCUCCAACCUGCACCUCAUGAACUUGCAGAACAUGAUGGUGGAACAGGCUCCGGCGCGGCCUGGCCCCCAGGGCAUGCAGCGUGGCAUGGCCAUGUGCCACCCGGGACAGGUGCCUAUGCUGGGCAGGACAGGCCUGGCACCUCAGCAAGCCAUGAUGGGCAACAGCAUGCACCAGGCCAUGAUGCUGCCCCAGCAGAACCUCCUGGCCCAGCAGAACUUCCUGCUCAUGCAGGCCAAGCAGCGCAGCAUGUCUGUCUCCGGGGAGAUGUACGCGCAGCCUGGGCACAUGAUCUCCCCACAGGGCUCCCUCAUGGGCCCCCCACCCCAGCAGAACCUCAUGAUCUCCCACCCCAUGCGCCAGCGCAGCGUCUCCCUGGACAGCCAGAUGAGCUACGGCCCGGGGGCUGGCAGCAUGGCCAAUCUGCCCUUCUGAGGGGACAUUGCUGCUGCACUCUGGCGCUGUCUUUGGCAGUGCCGCUGAAACAUGGAGGGGACCCUUUCGUCGCAGGAAUGAUGCCAGCUCCCAUCUCUGCCCUGGCACAGAGUUUGGUUUGAAUCUUUCCUCUGCGUGUGAAUUUCUCUCUCCUCCUCUCCUCUCUUUCUCUCUCUCUCUCUCUCCCUAUUUCCUUUUUUUUUUUUUUCAAAGAAAAUGCAACCAAAAUGUGCAAGAGGGUUUGGAACAGCUGUAAAUAGGUUAGGGAGAAGCCAUGGCAAAGAUUUGCUGGCUUGGAUUUGUUUGUAAUUCUGUGUUUUAAUAGAAGCCUCAAAAACCUGUUUUUGGAAGAAGUGUGACUCCCUGUGGCCUGGGUCUCCCUGGGCUGGAGGGCCUGGCUGCCUCUGUCUCGGGUCCUGGGUGUGAUCCCAAAGGCCCAGAUCUCUCUGUGGAAUGGGGUGAGGGCCCAUAGGCAGAACGCUGUCUCCCCAACUUCUUCCCAUGCCACCCACCUCCACCCCAAAGUUUUGCUCAUGAAGGGUCACCAUAGGGAGGCAUGGCUUAGGCAGGAAUUAUACAUGGAUCUGUCGUGGCUGGACUCUUGUUGGUGAUGUGCGCUUGCAUAACUCACGGUGUGCAUAUGUCUUGUUUUGAAUGUGAGCCUUGAACCAGGGGUUGGUGCGGGUAGGGAUCACACACCUUUCACAAUGGACGUCUCCAUUUAUUUCUUCUCCGUACAAAAAUUCCAUACAUGGACCCCAGCAAUAUCCAUUUUGAUCCAUUGCUGCAUCCAUUGACAGGCUGAGGAGAACAGGAGAGGCAGGGGGCUGAGAUGGCAAAGAAGGGACCUGUCUCGGCUGCUAGUGACAGAGGAAUGAAGGGCCUUGUUUCUCUGCCCCUUGGCUCCAAGAUCCCUUGAGUCCCCUCCAUCCCUUCCCUGGCUCCCCAUAAACCUCUGGGGCAUGGGGGCUCCUGGCCCUGGGGAGAAAGAGGGGCAGAGCUGCGCAUGCAAAGCAUUAUGCUCCAUGCAUGCAAUGCGGGAUCUUGGCCCAUAUGUUUAAAAGGGAAAAGCAGAUUUUUACUGGAAGUUGAUUCUCCACCUGCGUUGGGAACAGGGGGGCUUUGCAUUUCCUUUUCUUCCCACAUGUAUUUCAUGCGUAUUUGGGACUGAGCUGCCCUUCUCAACACACCUUCACUUUCAGGACAGGUAGUGAGACAUGCUAUUUCUACUUUGCACCCCUUUGUCUGUUGUCUCUCACACCCCACUGUCACCUCCUCCUGAUUGUUGUAAUACACAAGAACAGUAGCACCCUUGUUGCCCCUUCCUUCUGCCAUUCCCUCCCCUCCCCUCGGUCUCAUGGUGGGGAAGUGUAGCCAAACCCUGGUCCAAAGAAAGCCUUGCAUUGCCUUGUUUUGACUUUGCACUCACUGGCUCCUUUUAGAAACAAACAAAUAGAGACUGAAGCUGACUUGGCCAGAACUAUCCCAUCUGACCUUUUGGACUGUUUUGGAUCAAACUGUUUUGCAAUAUAGAAAAAUGUAUACCUUAUAGGACUAAGAAGCAAAGUUAUGAGAAGGUUCUAGGCAUCCAGCAUAGGGAGGCGUUUGCUCACAUCCCAUCGUUUGCCUCUCUCCCCCAU